AUGUGUUCCAAAACAGAUUUACCUUCCUCAAAGCAGUUCGGUGUUGAUGUAAUUACAUCGGAGAAUGAAAAUCGUAUGGUGCACGUUUCUGUUGGUGCAAAUUUUUACCCAGCACAAUACGAAAAAAGUGCAGUUGAGGCUUCGGAUGAGAAUAUUUCAAACAUGGAUGUUAACGAUCUGGGACAAAUCGAAGUAGUCGUCAUUGUGUAUAUUCAUUAUUUCGCGAACUCUCAAUGA